AUGAGUAGGAAGGGAGGGAGGAGGGGGGGAAGUAGGGAGAAGCUGACACUCGGAGAGCGAGCAAGACCCCGGAGAAGGAGCGAGGGGACAGAGGAGGAGCUGAGAGAGACCGCAGAGCGAGGACCCCGGGGAGGGGAGCGCGGUGGUGGGCGUCGCAGGGGCGGACCCGGCUACCCCUCCGUCCCCACCUCCCACCGCGGGAACCCUUCCGGCCCGGGCGGCUGCGGGAGACCGGGGAUGGCGGAUUCGUGCCAGAACCUCACGUAUGUGCGGGACUCGGUGGGCCCGGCCACCAGCGCCCUGAUGUUCGUGGCGGGCGUGGUGGGCAACGGGCUGGCGCUGGGCAUCUUGGGGGCGCGGCGACGGUCACGCCCCUCGGCCUUCGCGGUGCUGGUCACCGGGCUGGCGGUCACCGACCUGCUGGGCACGUGCUUCCUGAGUCCAGCGGUGUUCGCGGCCUACGCCCGCAACAGCUCGCUGCUGGGCCUGGCCCGGGGCCGCCCGGCGCUGUGCGAUGCCUUCGCCUUCGCCAUGACCUUCUUCGGCCUGGCCUCCACGCUCAUCCUCUUCGCCAUGGCCGUGGAGCGCUGCCUGGCGCUCAGUCACCCCUACCUCUACGCCCAGCUGGACGGGCCGCGCCGCGCCCGCCUGGCGCUGCCCGCCAUCUACGCCUUCUGCACCGUCUUCUGCUCGCUGCCCCUGCUGGGCCUGGGCCAACACCAGCAGUACUGCCCGGGCAGCUGGUGCUUCAUCCGUAUGCGCUCGGCCGAGCUGGGUGGCUGCGCAUUCUCGCUGGCCUACGCCAGCCUCGUGGCCCUGCUGGUGGCCGCCAUCAUCCUCUGCAACGGCUCGGUCACCUUCAGCCUCUGCCGCAUGUACCGCCAGCAGAGGCGCCACCACGGCUCGCUGGUCCCCGGCCCCCGGGCGGGCGAAGAUGAGGUUGACCACCUGAUUCUGCUGGGCCUCAUGACGGGCAUCAUGGCCGUGUGCUCCCUGCCUCUCACGAUCCGCGGCUUCACCCAGGCCAUCGCCCCGGACAGCAGUGAGAUGGGGGACCUCCUCGCUUUCCGUUUCAAUGCCUUCAACCCCAUCCUGGACCCCUGGGUCUUCAUCCUUUUCCGCAAGGCCGUCUUCCAGCGGCUCAAGCUCUGGUUCUGUUGCUUGUGCCCGAGGCCUGGCCAGGGUGACUUGCAGACGUCCCUCUCCCAGCCGCCCUCGGGGAGGAAGGGCUCAAGGGCCCCCACUGCUCUCGGGGGGAAGGAAGGGAGCUGGGUGCAUUUGUCAGCCUGGGGCGAGGGGCAGGGGGCACCCUUGCCUGUCCCACAGCCAUCCAGCAGCACCGUGGGAACACCGUCCAAAGUGGGGUCCGAGACAGCCUGCUCCCUCUGCUGACAUCUGCCCCGUGAUCUCCUGCCCUGUCUUCCGGGAGCAGGAGCCAGAAAUUCAGGGACAUGACCGAUGGCUGCGGGUGGACAAGCCCAGAGAUGGAUCCUGGAGCCCAGCCGGCCAGAAUGUUGACCCCCCUGGAUUCAGGGGGUGAUCAGCUGCUAUUCCUCCUCCUUCAGGGUGACCACGAUGGGCUGUGGGAGGAGGGAGAGAGGGAGAGGAAACAAUUAUCCUGGAGCAUAAAAAGAGCAGUUCUCUCAAAAUAUCCGGUGGCCUGGGUGGCCUGGUCUGGCCCUCGCUUUGCCCAUCCAUCUCACUGUCUAAAUAUUUAGAAGGCAGAAGAGUUCCCAGCAGCUUCUGUGCACUCAGGUCUCAUCUGGUUAGGCUUCUGGCUCUGAUCCUCAUUCAUUCAGGGUGCCCUGGAUACCCACCCCAAACCCCCGGCGGACAGCCCUGCCCUCUCCCAGUCUACUCCAAGAGCCACCCUCUCUCUGCCUCACGGGAGCCCAGGAUUCUCCGACAAGCUCCCUGCUUCCCUUUACUUCUGAUUCCCCAUCAGACUUGGGAGGCCUGGUCCCCGCAGGGGAGGUGAAGAAGGGGAGACUUGCAUUGUGGGUGACACCACUGGACAGGUGCCUGGAAACUGCAUGGCUUGGUGAGUUGCAAGAUGUGGAUGGUGGGGCCCUGGGCUGGGGGAGAAGCUGGAGAAUGAAGCGGUGGGAGGUACGGACCCCAGGGAUGGCCCAGGAACUCAGACCUAAGUCCUGUGCCUGUCCCUAUGCCCCCUCGCAGAGCCUCACUUCACCGCCUGUGUCCUGGGAACUGCCACAAAAAUGUCAUUCAUUCAUUCAUUCAUUCAUUCAACAAAUAGUGGGCGCUGACUCUACCAGGUGCUGGGGACACAGAGCAGUCUCGGCCCCACCCUGGACUCCUCUGGGGUGAUUUCCAGCCUUCAGUUCCCCUUCUGACUGCUGGGGUAAUGUUCAGCCAUCCCCCCCUCCCCCCUUCUCGUUGCCAUCCCCUGCCCUCAGGUACAGAAUUCAAGGGUUUUCCAGGAGUGAACAUGAAAGGAAGUGGUACUUCUGGUGGUGGGAGGAGGUGAAUGGGAAAGCCCCCAGACUCAACCCCAGCCCUGGGUUCCCCUUUCUCACUUGGCUUCAGGGUUAAAACAAUAAAUCUGCCCCUGAGGAGGGCUGGAGGAGUAGAUGAGGCAUGAGCUUCCUAUAAAGACAAUAGCGGUGGCUAAAGUGAGUCCUUCGCCUCGUGAAUUGCACCCUCCCGCUCCAGGCUGCUAUUAUUAGAGCCCUUCUACACAGGCUGGAAUCAAGGUCCGGAGAGGGCCAUCACCAGCCCCAGGAGAAAGCUCAGCCUGCAGGUGGAGCUGGGUUUGUGAGGGUUCCAAGGUUGUUUUUUUUUUUGGCCAUGCCUCGCUGCUUGCGGGAUCUUAGUUCCCUGACCAGCCAUGGAAACCGUGCCCCCUACAGUGGAAGCCCAGAGUCCUAACCACUGGACCACCAGGGAAGUCCCUGGUCUAUCUUUUUAUCUCCUUAGCUCAGAUCACUGUUGGGCUGAUGAGUUUGCUUUGGUUUCCUUUUGCGUAGGAUGGUGAUCAUAAUCUAAUACUUAGCUUACAAGGCUGUGCUGAGGAUUAAAUGAUUACCCCGAAAAGCAAUUUAGCACAGGGCCUGGAGUAAAGCCCACAAUACGUGUUACUGUUACUGCCAUUGUUGUUGUUGUGGCUAUUGUAGUGGUCUUUGGCAUCUGGGCAAAUGCGGUUUGAAAACACUUUUCUCCAUUGUUUUGACUUCUUCCCACCAGACAUUAUGUUUCAUUUGAAGAGGUGUCUGCGAGAGUUAAAAAUAGGUCAAACGACUGCUUAAUGGGUAUGGGGUUUCCUUUUGGGGUGAUGAAAAUGUCCUGGAACUAGAUAGCGACGGUGGUUGUACAACAUCGUGAAUGUACUAAAUGUCACUGAAUGGUACUUUUUAAGAUGGUUAAAAUGGUACAUUUUGUGUUAUGGGUAUUUUACCACAAUAAAAAAAAAUGUAAUACUGAAAAAAAAAUUGAGG